GGACUCUUUCCCAAUGCCACCAGCCCCGAGCUCCUGGAGGACUUCCGCCUGGCCCAGCAGCACCGGCCACCCCUGGAGUGGAACCCACACCCGCAGCCUGAUGGGCAUCAGGAUUCCGAGUCAGGAGAGACUUCGGGAGCAGAUGUGAACAUUUUUCUAGCUCAUCAGAUCCUCUCCCACAAGUGAUUCCUGGACUUCCAUGGUGUGGAUAUUCCGUGGUUAAUUGGCCUGGACUUCCAUGGUGUGGAUAUUCCGUGGUUAAUUGGCCCGUCUCCUAUCGCUGGACAUUGUAGCAGUUUCUAGUUUUUGCUAUUAUAAAUAAUGCAGAGAUGAACGUCACUAAUAUAUCUUUGCACACUUGAUUAUCAUAUCUUUGGUAAUUUGAAUUACUUAGUCCCAGGGUUAUGUCCAGUUUGGAUUUGUUUUUUUUUUUAGGCAGAGUCUUACUCUGUUGCCCAGGCUGGAGUGCAGUGGCAGGAUCAGGGCUCACUGCAGCCUCGACCUUUCGGGCUCUGUCAAUCCUCAGAACUCCACCUCCCGAGUUGCCACCACACCUGGCUAAUUUUGGUAUUUUUUGUAGAGACAGGGUCUCACAGUGUUACCCAGGCUGGUCUCAAACUCUUGGCCUGAAGCAAGCCUCUCGCUUUGGCCUCCCAAAAUGUUGGGAUUGCAAAUGUGAGCCGUCAUGUCUGGCCACUUUUAAGAUUUUAAAAAAUCCCAAUCAGCAGUGAGAACGUUGAGAUUUCUUGUUUUCUACAAUAACUGUGUUCUGGCUGCAUCCAGACUGACUUAAACUGAAUCCCUAGUGUUGCUUAGCAAGUCCCUUCUGUCUGAAUCUUGCUUUUUCCUUCUAUAAAAUGAGAGGAAUAGUGUCGCGGAGAAUAGUAAGAGCUUGACACAAGGUGGCUAUUGCACUUAGAUUAUGAGUGAGAUGCCGCUGUUUUAGGGUCCUGUGACUCCUGCAGGCUGGUGUGGAUUGCAUCAUUACUCAAAGUUUUACACACCUGAUCUGCUCAAAGUGGGCAUUGCCCACUGCUGCCCACUCAGGAGCCAUUUCUGAGCUCUCUCUCCAGCAGGACAUGGUGAGAGAAAUGCACUGGGCCAACAGGGCAGAGGCAUCUCUUCCUGGGGUCACAUGGUAACCCCUGCUAUGAUGUAACAGCUGCUACCCUGUCCUGUGCCUUUACUAUGUGCCAGGCACAGGGCUGGGCAGGGUCAAGCCCCCUCUUGUUCCCUCCUCACCACCCUCUGUCAGGUAGGAGGAACCAGCCUCAAGUUUGACUGUGGAUUGCCAGAGGGUUCAACAAUUUGUCUAUGGCCCCAGUGAGGGGUCCUAGGAGCCAGGACUGAAACCAGGGCUCCCUGGCUCCAAAGCCCAGGCCCUUCACCUCUAGUGUAUGACCCCUAGUGGUGGAAGCAAACUCACCUGCAUGGCUGGGGCCUGGGUCCUAGGUCCAGGGAACCACUGGGUGAUCACUGGCAACUGACCUAAUGUUCAGGUGUGCUGCUGUAAGCAAGAGUAACUUGCUGGAGGAGCUGUUAAGGGACACAGAGGCAUCAAGAGGCUGAAGCAGAGGAUGCGGACAGCCCCGCAAGUUCCCACAAGCCCCUCGCCUGGCUCCCCCCGCAGGGCCAUCAGCUGGACAUGACUGAGGAGGAGCCAGAUAGGACCCUCGGAAGUCCGGAGGUGGAGGAUGCGGGAGAGAGCUGCCUGAGGUUGGGGUAUGAGGCUGGUCUCAGCUUGGAGGGCCAUGGAAACACCAGCCCCAUGGCUCUGAGGCAGGGUCAGGUCAGGGGCUGGGUGGCUUCUGGCGAACAAGCCGGUGGAGACAAACUUUCCGAACAUUCCGAGGUCAACCCAUCCGUUGAGCUCAGCCCGGCAAGGUCCUGGAGCAGUGGGACUGUGAGCCUCGACCACCCUAGUGACAGCCUUGAUUCCACUUGGGAAGGAGAGAUCGAUGGCUCCCCGCCCACUGCCCUGGCGGAAACCUUGCCAGAGAGCCCCAGCCACCACCUCCUGCACCCAGAUGACAGAACUGGAGGCAGUGUUGCUCAGGCAACCCUCAUGGAAUUCCAGGACUCCUCGGCUCCCCCAGCCCAGAGUCCACAGCGUGCCGCAGAUAGAUGGAGGAGAGAAACGACCAGAUUUGCCUGCCCGCAGCCCGAGGAACACAUCUGGAAGCUGACAAAGACAUCACCUAAGCCACUCCCUUCCCGAUUCAUUGGCUCCAUCAGCCCCCUGAAUCCUCAGCCCAGGCCAAUCCGGCAGGGCAGGCCGCUGCCCAGACAGGGAGCCACUCUGGCUGGCCGGUCCUCUUCUAAUGCCCCCAAGUAUGGCCGGGGGCAGCUGAACUACCCACUCCCUGAUUUCUCCAAGGUAGGGCCCCGGGUGAGAUUCCCCAAAGAUGAGAGCUACCGUCCCCCCAAGUCUAGAAGCCAUAACAGGCAGCCUCAGGCCCCUGCCCGGCCCCUCAUCUUCAAGUCACCAGCCGAGAUUGUGCAGGAGGUGCUGCUGAGCAGUGGAGAAGCAGCCCUGGGGAAGGACAUGCCUCCUGCCCAUCCCAUCACCAGGGUACCACAAGAAUUUCAGACGCCUGAGCAAGCCACUGAGCUUGUUCAUCAGCUCCAGGAAGACUACCACAGACUCCUCACGAAGUAUGCUGAAGCUGAGAACACCAUUGACCAGCUACGCCUUGGGGCCAAGGUGAACCUGUUCUCUGACCCACCCCAGCCCAGCCGCAGCAUCCACACAGGAAUGGUACCGCAGGGGACCAAGGUCCUGUCCUUCACCAUCCCACAGCCCCGCUCAGCGGAGUGGUGGCCGGGCCCGGCUGAGGACCCCCAGACCUCUGUGGCCUCAGGGUGGCCAUCAGCUCGAGGAGACCUGAGCCCCUCCUCGCCCACCAGCAAGCCCAACCUAGGGUGGCUUCCAGAGAACGGGGGCGUCUCCAAGGACCAGUCCUCAGCAGAGCAGACCCAGGCACUGGCUUCUCAGGCCCGACAGUUCCUGGCCAAGGUGGAGUCCUUUGAAAGACUGAUACAGGCAGGACGGCUCAUGCCCCAGGACCAACUCAAGGGCUUCCUGCGGCUGAAGGCUGCCCACGCAGCCCUGGAGGAGGAGUACCUGAAGGCCUGCCGGGAGCAACUCGCUGACCAGCCACUUGCCGGCUCCAUGGGGACGCCUGGGAGAUUUGAUCCUGGCAGGGAGCUGGAGGCAGAGAUUUACCGUCUGGGAAGUUGCCUGGAAGAGCUGAAGGAACACAUAGACCAGACCCAGCAAGAGCCUGAGCUGCCCCAGUCAGACUCAGCUCUGGACAGCUCCCCAGCCCUGCCCUACCCCCACCAGCCAAAGCACCUGCCGGCUUCUUCCGGACAAGCCCCUACGCCAGCCAUCAAGACCUCCCGCUGUGAGCCUGCCACCACCACUGCUGCCGCCAGCACUGGCCCCUACCCACUGCAUGUGAAUGUCGAGGUGAGCUCUGGCAACAAUGAGGUGGAGGACAGGCUGCAGGACCCCCCGGCCCCACUCAGGGACAAGGAGCUGCAGACGGAGCAAGUUCUCCAUGGCCUCUUGGAGCGGUCCCUCGGUGUGAAGUCUCUCCCGGAAGCCGUGAAGAUGGAGGAGGAGGAAGAAGGCGAGGAAGAGGAGGAGGAGGAGGGAGGCGACUCCUUGGAAGUUGAUGGGGUGGCUGCAGCUUCAGGGAAGGCAGAGGCCACCGGGGUCCUCCCAAGGCAGUGCCUGGUGCAGGCUGAGAAAAGUCAUGGGGCUCCCCUGGAGGAGGCCACAGAGCAGAUGGAAUCUGUGAAGCCACCAGGUUUCCAGACAUCCCUGGCCAGAGACGGGCACAUGUCAGGCCUGGGCAAGGCUGAGGCAGCCCCUCCAGGCCCUAGCAUGCCACCCCAUGCUAGGGCACCCCACCCUCCGGGCACCAAGUCUGCAGCAUCCCACCAAAGUAGUAUGACCAGCCUGGAGGAAAGUGGCAUUUCUGAGCGCCUUGCACAGAAGUCUUUGCACCAAGCCGGUGGGCCCCACCUGGAGGAGCCCUGGAUGGCAUUCCCGGAGACAGACAGUGGCUUUGUGGGCUCAGAAACAAGCAGAGUCUCACCCCUCACCCAGACUCCAGAGCACCGGCUCUCCCACAUCAGCACAGCAGGGACAUUAGCCCAGCCCUUCACCGCAUCUGUGCCCAGGGAUGGAGCCUCCUACCCCAAGGCCAGGGGUUCUCUGGUCCCCAGAAGAGCCACAGAGCCCAGCACACCCCGGAGCCGAGCACAGAGGCAUCUCUCCUGCCCAAGUGGGCCUCUCCUUCAGAGGGUACCCAACUGCAGCCUGGAGCGGGCAUUGGCCACAGAGAUGGUGGUUCCUGGCUCGGAGUUUGAGGGGCAUAAGCAGAUUUCUGAACAGCUCCUUCCCAGCAAGACAAUCAGCCCACCCCCAGCCCCUGCCCCAGCCGCUGCCCCUCUGCCCCGUGGACCAACAGAGACCAUCCCCAACUUCCCACUCAACAGGGCAGAGCGAGACCAGGCCAUCCGCGAGCUGCAAGAGGAGGUGUCCCGGCUCCGCCUGCGGCUGGAGGACAGCCUGCAUCGGGCACCCCAGGAUAGCCCGACUCGCCCAGCGUUUGCCUUUGACCGCCCCACCCGGACCCGCGGCCGGCCAGCGGACUCCCCAGCCCCCUGGGGCUCCCAUUAUGGCAGUAAAUCCACAGAGAGAUUGUCUGGGGAGCCUAGAGGUGAAGAGCAGACGGUCUCCGCAGGAAGGCGGCGAGCCAGGUCUUCCUCAGUGCCUCGGGAGGUGCCCCGACUGUCCCUGAGUUCAGACUCUGAGUUGCCCCCCCGGCCACUGUUCUCUGAGAAGAGCAGGACCACUGAGGACAGUCCACGGGCAGCGCGGGACAGAAAGAGAGGGGGUGGCAGUGCUGGAUGGUCAGACAGGGUCACCUUCCGGGGCCAAUACACAGGCCACGAAUACCAUGUUCUGUCCCCUAAGGCGGUCCCAAAAGGCAAUGGCACAGUCUCCUGUCCCCACUGCCGGCCCGUCAGGACCCAGAAUGCAGGCGGUGCUGCCACAGGAGACCCACUGGGACCACCUCCUGCUGAUACCCUUCAGUGUCCCCUGUGUGGUCGAGUUGGGUCUCCCCCGGACGGAGAUGGCCCAGGCUCAGCCACCUCUGGGGCAGAGAAGGCCACCACGAGAAGAAAAGCACCAUCAACUCCCAGCCCCAAGCAGAGGGGCAAGCAGGCGGGGUUGUCGCCAUGCCCACCCUCUGGACUGUGGUACCUGGCGGCUGCGCCCCCAGCACCAGCCCCUCCGGCCUUUGCCUACAUCUCCUCGGUGCCUGUCAUGCCUUAUCCACCAGCCGCUGUGUACUAUGCGCCCGCAGGACCUACCUCAGCCCGACCAGCUGCCGAGUGGCCCCCCACAGCCUCUCCCCCGCCAGCCCGGGGGCACCGGCACUCCAUCCAGCUCGACCUGGGCGACCUGGAGGAGCUCAACAAGGCCCUGAGCCGGGCCGUGCAGGCUGCCGAGAGCGUCCGCUCCACCACCAGGCAGAUGAGCCGCUCGCUGUCGGCCGACCUGCGCCAGGCUCACAGCCUGCAGGGCUCCUGCCUCUUCUGACUUCACUGGGGGCCCAGAGACAGAUGAGUGGGUGGGUGGGCAGGUGGCCGCCAGGCCAGGAGCGGGCUGGAACUGCUGAGGCCCGGAAGGCCCGCAUAGUUUCUCACCAGGAGAGUAUCCCUCCAGCACAGACCCCGCCUGCUCAGUCCCUGUGCUUUCCGAGUGGAGGGGGUGCCAGCUCAAUCACCAAGAGAUGUGACUUUCCAGGAGCACCUGCCCCUCACAGAGGUGCUGUGAGCGAGGCCCGCCUACGUCCGGGCAGAGCCUCUGACAGUCUCUCCUGGUCCUGCACGUGUCCCCCUGCAGCUAAUAAUAGGCAUUUUAUAUACAGAUGGACAGAUAUUUUUUUAAACUGGGGAGUUUUCCUGAUCUUGGGUCCUCCUUAGGAGGCCAGACAAGAAAGGAAAGGCGUACGGUUUCUGGAGCACACCUGUCCCCCAUGUGACCAGUCACUCUGGGGCAAGCACCUCUGGAAGGGCACAGCUGGAGACCUUUCUCCUAGUGACUGGCAGUCAGUGGGGCAUUUUACGAUGUCAGAGCCCCAGGCUGACAUGCGUCCAGCUUCUCCAUGGCAGCAGAGGCCUUCCCCGUGGGCCUGCUGGGAUGGAGGCAAGCUACGAAGCACCCAGGACGCCGUCCACUGUAGUCCCUCUCAGUACCUCAUGCAAGGUCCCCAGCUUCUCCUAGGAUCCCAGUGGCAUUUAUCAGUGGCCAGCUACCUGCCAGGCCUGGGCUGGGGUACGGUCUGUGGCCAUAAGGCUAGGCCGCCUCCCGCACCCCCACCCCAUGGCAGCACAUACCUCUGCAUUUCUGGAAUGUGUGUGCAUCAAUGAUGUUUGUAUAUUUGAGGCAUUUAAAAAUCUAUUUUCGUUACAAGGGCAAAUGAAGAAUGAAUAUUGAUCUUAAAAUAAGAAAAGAAGACAAAAAAAUACCCAGAGCCA